GCCAUUGGAAGUGCUGCAUUCUCCUCUCAACCUGGUAGUUGGCCAUUAUCGCCAAGUGUCGAGCCAAGCACGAGUUAUACCUCAUCAGAGGCUAAUUCCAGCACUCCCUCUCAAAGCAAAAAAAGAGGCAAACGCCCUCGGGCUGCAAGUAUGACGCGACCCCGCCGUCUCUCUCUCUCGGAUUCUUAUUUCCCUCCCUCUGGAAGCUUUGGAUCCCAUUUCCAGGAUCGGCCUCGAAGUACUGGAUUCUCCCGGAGACGUCUUUCAGCCGGACAAGUUCCUCUACUUCCCAGGCCUCGCCCACCUGGGGUGGCUGAUAAAGGUGGUAUGAGUAUGUCGAAUUCAAAACCAAUGCCAAAGAAACCUCGUGGGAAACGCAUCGGACCUUUGCAUGAGGACAGACGGCAGCUCGCAACCAAAAGGAGGAACGAGCGGACCGUAUGCAUUGGCUGUAAAAUGGCCAAAGUCAUGUGUGACGGUCGAGAAGACGGUCGGGACUGCUCGCGGUGCGCCAGUAGCCAUAGUAAUGCUCCCAAGCCAUUUGUGUGUGCGCCUGCAAGCUUCUUUGAACUUGUUCAACAGGGUAGCACCGCCCUACUUGCCCUCCACAUACUAUAUCCUUCCGCCUUCGCCGGCUACCGCCAACCGAUUGAGCUACCUUCGGAGAUCAAUAUAAGACGUAUACUCCGCUGCAUUGGCGAUUUGCAGAGAAGUUACGACGCUAUCCGUGUAUACGGAAGGAAAGGACUGCUUUACGAGCUUGACCUCCAUGCCUGUUGGGUAUACAUCAACUCCACCUGUUCUCCAGUAGUGCAUCCUUUUCGGCAAUUCAUCAAUGGACUCAAGGUCCAAAGGCAAGACACGUGGAAAUCAUGCAUCAGAGAUGGUCACAGUCAACCAUUAAAUGAGGAAAAUCUGUGUGAUACGCUCCUCGCGUUGGAUGACAUGGCUCCUUGGGUUACGUACACCCUAAGACCCAAACAUAGUGACUCCUUUGGGAGGACAAACGAUGAACUCCAGACAGCACUUUUUCCAGACCAUCCAUCCAAUAGGGAAGUCAUCAUCAUGGCUGCCCAGCUGUCUCGAAUUAUAGGACGCAAAUUGGAGCUCCACUUCUACGACCAUCUUAAAAAGGCCCUUGCCAAUCCUAGCAUCUGCCGUGAACUAGUUCUCGACGUCGGUCGCACGCUGAUGUCUCUCCGCCGCCGCCUAACCCAGUGGACAUACUAUUGGGCAAAUGUAUCCUUCCAUACGACACCUGAGCAUGAAUCGCAUGUUAACGAAGAAGCCAAGGGUGACGAUCUGGCUAGUGACUCUAUGAAUCGCCUUAAGCAACUUUGCCAGGUUCUCUAUGUUUAUUUUUGCUAUAUGAGACGGCGACUAUCCCCCAGUGAGCACGAAGGCAUGCUGACUAUGAUGGUGCUGUAUCCUGACAGUGUGGAAGAAGUGGAGGAGAGCUUUCCGCAAUACGAAAGUCUCGAUGGAUUCGAAGAGUGGCUUCUUUUUAAAGAUCAGCCGGUUGCGGAGACGAAUAUG